GGCUCGGCGCUGGCGAGCCCUUCCCCGCUCCCAGCCUCUCUCCGCCGGGCGGCGGCGGCAGCAGCGCCAUGGGCUGYUUCUUCUCCCGCCGCAGGAAGCCGGCCCAGGGCGGCCAGCAGCAGCAAGCGGGAGCCGGGCAGGACUCGGCGGCCGGCGAGCAGAAAGCGCCGCAGUACAGCUGGGAUCUGCGAGCCAAGAUUGACCCCAAGGAUUACACUUUCUCUGGACUUAAGGAUGAAACAGUGGGUCGACUGCCUGGAAAAGUAGCUGGGCAACAAUUUGUCAUUCAGGAUUGCGAGAACUGUAAAAUCUACAUAUUUGACCAUUCUGCUACAAUCACUAUUGAUGACUGUGUAAAUUGCCAAAUCUUUUUAGGACCAAUAAAAGGCAGCGUGUUCUUCCGUGACUGCAAAGAUUGUAAGUGCGUAGUUGCCUGCCAACAGUUCCGCACACGGGACUGCAAAAAGCUGGAGGUGUUCUUGUGCUGUGCCACCCAGCCCAUUAUCGAGUCCUCCACAGGUAUGAAAUUUGGAUGUUUCCAGUACUAUUAUCCUGAGCUUGCUUUACAAUUUAAAGAUGCUGGUCUGAGUAUCUUCAAUAACACAUGGAGCAACAUCCAUGACUUUACCCCUGUGUCUGGAGAAAAUAAYUGGGGCCUUUUGCCUGAAACUGCUGUAGUCCAGGAUUAUGUUCCUCUGCCCAGCUCUGAGGAGCUGAAAGCUGUCAGGAUUUCUACUGAAGCUACAAAGAGCAUAAUACCAGUAACUCGAGGACGGAGACAGAAAAGCAGCGAUGAAUCGUGUUUGGUUGUGUUUUUUGCYGGUGACUACACAACUGCAAAUGCCAGGAAGUUAAUUGAUGAGAUGACAAGUAAAGGCUUUCAUCUGGUACAGACUAAAGAAGUCUUAAUGAAGGCAGAGGAUGGUCACAGAGUUUUCAAUCAGUGUGCAUCAGAAUUCAUUCCACUGCUGGAAAAAGGUCCAGUGGUUGCUUUGGAGUUCAAUGGAGAUGGCGCUGUGGAACAAUGUCGAAGUACUAUAAAUGAAGUUUUCAGUGGGACCAAGGUUUUUGUAUCAGAAAGCAAAGCAUCAGCAUCUCAAGAUGUAGACAAUUUCUACAACUUUGCUGACAUGCAGAUGGGAAUGUGAAGUUUAGCAUGAAGGUGCUCACGUUCACUUUGUUUCAGCACUUGGAUGUCACUUGGCUUGAAUAUCGCAGUAGUUUUGUCAUUUAGUUUUGUAUUUCUCAUAUAUCCCUUUUAUAAAGCCACUGGUGGUUUUAAUACCAUAUUAUCUGAACUGGAGUACACACAUAGCUCCCCAUGUGCAUUGUGUUUGAAACUUAAAUGUAGCUCCAAAAACAAUUGAACUUUUCUACUAACUUUUUUACAGUGAUUUCUAAACAUCUAUCGACACUUGAAUGUUUCAUGACAAUAUCUAAUGGUUAUACAUAUUUUAAAAGUGCAAUGCUGAUCCAAGUUUGUUGCAGUAGUAAUUGUUAUCUUUAACUCAGAUACAUUGUUUAGGAAACUUGCCCUUYAGAAUUUUCCCAUAAGCAAAUUUGUCUUCACUGGGGGUCUAGGAAGGAAGCUGUAGUCGUUGGCUUUUUCUGAAAGCUUAGUCUGAAAUGAAUUGUCCUUGCAGUAUGCUUUCAAAAGCUGUUUGUGACUUUGGCUUACUCUGCUUCAGCACUUUUUUUGAAUAAAGUUUUUUGCAGUAGCAUUUAUGGUGACCAUUGUCACGACAGCAUUCUGGUAAGAGAGCACUUGCCAGGCUUUUCUGCUUUGAGGUGAAUCCUGAGCAUGAGUUCUCUGCUGAAGCUACUCUAAGGUCUGCUCAGGUUCUUUGGCAAUACAGCUGCCUCUGGCAUUCCCAAGUCACACAUAGCAUAUACAUGAGGUUUCUUUGCGCUAGGAGCAAUAAACCUCUGGCAUGUUGUUGUUUGCUAGAAGGGUCAUACAGCAGCCAGUAGUCAGAGAAGGAUUUUGAUGGCAUUAAAAACCCCUUCCUUGCUAGACCCCAGGAGAAGGCUUUUAUAUUCAGAAGUAGUACAGAAAGUGCUGUAAAGUGCUAUACGCUGCCAUAGGGUUUAUUUUGUUUUAAUUCUAAAAAAAAAACUGAAGAAGUGCUACCAGCAUUUUGUGAGAUGCACUUGGAUAGCGUUCAGUAAUAAUGCUUAUUGCUAAAUAUUGCAUAUUAGAAUGCAAAUCUAUAUGGGUAUUAAAUAAAUGAUUGAUUUAUUUUUGCAUAUUGAAUCCCUUACUGAUUUUUCUACAUGAACUUAAAGCUUAUGUCCAGGUUUACAAGACCUCUGUAAUACUUGAACCAAUUGUGCAUGCAGGCACACAAAACCAAAUUUCACAAUUAAAACAGUGGCUUGCAGGUUGCAUAGCCUUUGCAAUUCAUUGAAUGGGUUGGGGCUKUGUUGAGGUGCUAAAGCAAUUUCCUCACUAUGGUCAUCUGUCAAAAGGGAAGAUCUUGAAAAUCUUAACUGAAAAUGAGUCUUGACUGAUCAGUUUCACAGCUCUGGAGCUCCAAAGUGGGUGGCUAAAAACCCAUCUUUAAUUAUUUGGAAUUAGCACAUGAAAGAAUCCAUUCUUCUGAAAUUCAUAAUUUUGUAAUGCACAAGAGAGAGUCUGAACUGUCAUUUUAUCGCCACUGGGCAAAUGAUUGCCAUUGGUUCAAACUAGAGAAUAUGUCCUUAGGACCUCUUGUUGCAGUUAUGCAUAGAAUAAAUAAGAAAGAGUAUCUCCUGAACAAACUAAACCACUGGUGUACUGAAGGUAAAAAAGUUGCCACUUCUCUCAAAUGCUUUUGUUUGACAAAGUGAAAGAAAAACAAGCCACCACCAGAAUCCAACUGAUAGCCGAAAUUACGACUUAUUUGCACUUAGCAAGCCAGG